AUGCUCACAGUGUGUAAAACCCCCUACAGACACUUUGCGGUACUGCAGUGUGUUUUGGGGCUGGAUGCUCACAGUUUUUAAAACCCCCUACAGACACUUUGCAGUACUGCAGGGUUAAGCACACUUUUGGUCACAUGGCAGCAACACCGGAUGUUCCCAUUAGGUGCGUGCAUAUGGAGGAAAGAUUGAAAGCCCGAAAGGAUAAAUCACAAACUGUUAAAAAAGGUAAACAGUGUUUUAAUAAAUGUUAUGCUAGAGUAAGUAGUUAAUCGUUGUUAUUAUUAUUAUUAGCCAAUGAAGAUGACGUUUUUAUCUAUUUAAAGCUUUGUUUGAAUAAAAGUUUGUCAGGGUAUGUUGUGUUUGUUGGUUUUUAAGAAGACCCUGCUUGACUAUUUUUAUAUGCCAGCUUUAUUAUGCAUUUAAUUUUAAAACACAAAUUAUGCGUGUUUAUAUUCGGGAGUUUACAUGUAUAUGUGUACAUAUAUGUGUAUAUAUACAUAGAGAAAGAGAGAGAGAGACAUAUGUUGAAAAUGAGAAGACAACGAAUAAAUCCGGAAAGCGAGGCUAUUCGGUAUGUGAGGUCAUCUUCGGACAAAUGCGGUUUGGAAAUUAAAUGUAUCAGUUCAGAGAAAGGACGUGGAGUUUUUGCGGUGGAUGCAUUGGAAAAGGGUGACUUUGUGGCCGAGUACCGCGGUCAACUAAUAAACGGAGCUGAAAGCGAGAGGAGGAGGCGAGUGUACCAUCCUGCCGCUGCUGUCUUUCUUUUCGACUUUAAAUGGAAUAGGAAAAGCUGGUGCAUUGAUGGAGCCAAAGAUGAUGGCUCUGUUGGAAGAAUGAUAAAUGACAACCACAAAAGUCCAAACUGCAAAAUCAAGAAACUGGCAGUAGAUGGAAUGCCACACCUCUGCCUGUUUGCUUUAAGAGAUAUUCUUCCUGGUGAAGAAAUCACAUACAGCUAUGGAGAUGGACCAUGGCCUUGGAGAAAACAGGGAAAAGAAAAAGCCACUAUUGUGUCAUCACCAUUACAGACAAAUGACAAGGGCACUGGGGAAAGGGAUGUUGCCCAAAGCCAGAUCUUGGCUCAACAGCCUACACUGGCACAAGUAAAAGGCACUCUUGCUAUUGAUGAACAGAACCCUGAUGGAAGAGAGAAGACCCUCAGUCAUAGCUUAGCUGAAAAGACUUCUGAACCUCAAGAGAAAGAAGCAGUUAUUACUAAUGAGCAGACUGAAGACAACAGUGGAUCUGACACUGAACCAGUUUCUUUAGAAAAGAGAGAGCUUGACUGUACUGUGCCAAAACUUAAGCGCUCUGACAGUGUUAUUGUGAGCGAGGAGAUGCUUCAAAACUGUUCUGAGUCAUCAGAUUCCAGUAUGAACCACAGCGAUGAUGACUACAUUCCUAAGUCAUCAGAAGAGAGUAGUCCAGACUGCAGUAGUGACUGCUUAUCAGCACACAUGAAUGACAAAAUAGAAAAAGUAGUGAUUGAAAAUGAAACAUCAGAAAGUGAGGAAGAAUUGAGUGAUCAUGAAGGUGAUGCAGAAAUGCAAGUAAAGCAGAUGAAACGAGCACAUGGCGAAGUUCAGGAAACAAAAGUUAACAGUGUUUGCCAAGGUCGUAAACGAGUGAAGAGGACAAUGUGGAAAGAAGAAGAAAGAAGAGCAGUGGAAAAACAUUUGGCCAAAUUUAUAAAUAUAUGUAAAGUGCCAGGAAAGAGAGAGUGUGAGGCCUGCAUCCAAAAUGAACCACAAGCUCUCAAAAAUAGAGAUUGGCUGGGUGUGAAAUUCUAUAUAAAAAACCGAAUUACCUCACUGAAGAGAAAGGUUUAAAACAAGUGUUUCCAUUAUCAAUGCUGUUCAUUUAAAGUUUAGUUAUGGGAAAUAAUUUAAUCAGUUUACAUUAGGUCUUUUCAUGGUAUUUGAAAGCAACAGUUCCACAAAGCCAGUUACUUGUUUGCUCUUUAAUAAUUUGUAUUUCAUACGUUUAUAUGCACUUACAUAAAGAUAUACACACGGUUAUUUACAGGCUAUUUCAAUCAAGGACAGUGACUCUAACUUGUGUGGUGCCACCAGGAGACUUGGGCCUUGGUAGCUUUACUCAGGGUAGAAAGCACUGGUGUUGGGUUACUGAUUUAAAAGAAUUACCAGUAGUGAAUCAGAGUAAUUAUUUCAUACUGCAAACUUAUAAUACAGAAAACCUGCAAUAUUUACUGAUUCCGUACACAUUAAUUUUAAAUUAAAUUGCUUCUUCAUAACAUACAAUUUGAUCACACGUUUACAAAUAUUGCAGUACUCAUUAAUUCAGAUCAAUUACAAAUAUAUUUGAGCAAUUACAGCUGAAGCUAAGAUGUCUUGAAAUAGUGAAAUCUAAAUAUUUCUGGAUCAAGCAAGUGUCAAAUAUCUGAAAUGGGAGGUAAUUCCAAAACAAAUUAGCUUCAAGGUCAUCGUGCUGUUUUACACUUAGAUUUGGCUUUGUUAUGAUGACAUUGUUUUAGGUUCAGUUAUGUAUGUUUAUUGCAUAUUUAGUAUAAUGUGAGCAAUGUUCUGGCUGAAAGAAUAUUGUGAACUUGAGUCUGGGUGCUCAGUUUUAAUAUUUGUUACUAAGAGGUGAUGUAACUCAAAUAUAAUGUGUACAGAAGCCAGUAAAUAUUGUAAUUUUUAAUAUUCAUCAGUUGCUUUUUUGCUUACAUUGAUAAAUGAACGUUUAAUUAGAUGCUUUGGAUUAAUGUUUUAAUUACUUUUUCAUAAUUAGUACACUGGAGUUGUCAAUGUAGAGAUGUUUCACAAUGGAAUACUGUAUGCAUGGAAGGCUAUUCUUCAAAGCCAAGUAGUAACAGUGAACCUUAGCCAGGAUGAAGGUGCAUUUUUAUUUUUCUCAUUAAAAAAAGGUUAA